GCUGUCACAGCUAGAGAUGAACAGCUGUUUAGCUCUAGUGGAGAAAGUUAUUUUCAAUUUAUAACGUUAAAUUAGGCAACAACAGUAAUAAACAAAGGUUUCGACAAACCAGUUAUUACGCAUAGGUCGAUACAUAAACUAAAGAUUACCAAAUCAACAGUUGUUGCUAUUGAACGAAACUAGGCUACGGUUAGGCACAUACAUAUAUUUUUAAAAACUCAAAUGGAAUUGACCUUCAAAAAGGCACGAUUGGUGUCUAAUGCAAACGCAGCUGGUGGUGAAUAUUGCGGUGGCAGUGGCAGCAACAGCGAUAGCGAAAGUGAUAUCUAUGGAAAUGAUUUUGGAUGGUGGGCACUGCCUGAACCCGCACUCUUACAGAUCUUUGCCCACUUGAAUGUUUAUGAUCUGCUUCAGGCGAGCUUGUGCUGCCGGCGUUGGAAUUCCAUAUCCAACGAUGAUUUGCUGUGGCGUCAAAAGUUUCAGGAAAACUUUCGUGCCUCACCCAGCAUCCCAUUGAAGCCAGGCGCUGCGAGCUGGCGCUCCGAAUAUCAACGUCUCAGCACGCACAUUCCAUUUGUGCAGGCGCAACGUCUGGAGCCGAGCAGUGAGCACAAUCAUGGACAUACACAUCAGGUGCUGCAUGUGAGUUUCGCUCACAAUGGUGAAAUGUUUGCCACCUGCUCCAAGGAUGGCUAUGUCAUCAUAUGGAACGCACAACAUCCAUGCACAGAAAAGUAUGCGCACAACAUGAAACAGUUUAGUUGGAAGUACACACAGUAUUCUCAGUUCAAUCAAAGCGAUACACUUCUCUUGGUGUCCGGCGUGCAUUUUGGAUCCCCGCAGAGCACGUCUGGUGAGAUAGCCGUCUUUUAUCUGGGCGCCACGGAGUCGCAUUUGCGCUGCAGAGUCGUCAAUCGGCCGUACGAUAUCUUUGGCACUUGGUUCAGCGAUCAGUAUCUGUUAUCGGGCGAUCUUCAUUGGUUGGCCCAUUUGGUCAGCACUUCGGUUCUUUGGCUGAAUAAGGCGAAUCAGGAAAUCGAUUCGGAGCAUGUGCCCAUCAUGAGUCAACUGUAUAAGUUCUACAAUCGUAAUGCAAGUUCGGUGCGUGCCAUUAUGGUGGCUAGAUGCCCGUGGCUAGAUGACUCCAAUGAUCCAUUGGCGCAGGUACAAUCUGAGUCAAGUCCUGUAUCUACGACCUGCAUUGAGGAUUCAUCCACUUCCGCUUCCCUUGCCAGUGGCAAUCCUCUGUCGCAUGCAGCCAGUUUGAGACGCACCCGUAGUGCCACUCCGGAGGAUAAUUAUCUGCCCGACAUUAGCGAACACAGCCAGUUGCGCAGAUCGAGAGCUCGACCUGGUCAGAGCUCCGAUGCUACCAUACACUAUCUGGAAGAGUACAGAAAAGCGGCUGCAGCGGCAACCGAUGCCGGUAUGGAUGAUGGUAGUGAAGAUGUGGACACAGAAGAGGAUUACGAAACCUUCAUGGAUGUCCCCGAUGAGUACGAUGAAAUGGAGAACAGUGUACCCAAGUAUCUUAUAUUUUCGACUGGGUCGAAAACCUUUACGCCCCAUCAAAUUGGAUUCAAGCGUAUUCGCAACGUGUACUUCCCCAAGAAACUGGAUCCGGGUCCAACGCUUAAGGAACGCAUUGCCGCCAAACGGGCGGCGGAGCAGCAGCAGCAGCAGACGCCACGCAAUGAUCCCGAUUGGUGGGACUAUGAUUCGGUCAAGGAUCGUUUCGACCAGGUGGACAAAGUCAUUGACUUACACGGUCACAUUAUUGGCAUGUCCUUAAGUCCAGAUCAUCGUUACCUCUAUGUUAAUACACGACCGUGGCCCAAAAAUUACAAUAUUACAAAUCCUCUCGAGCCACCGCCAAUAGCUCAGGAAAUCGACAUACACGUUAUUGAUCUGAUGACACUGAAACGGGUAGGGAACAUGUUGAGGGCCCACAAGGCUUAUACGCCCAGCAUCGAGUGCUUUUUCAUAUUCCUGGAUGUGUGCGAGGAGUACGUGGCCAGUGGAGCUGAGGAUCAGCAUGCGUAUUUAUGGGAUCGCUACUAUGGCAUCAGUUUGGCCAAGUUCAAGCAUUCAGAUGUGGUUAACAGCGUCGCCUUCAAUCCCCGUGACUCUCAGAUGCUGGUGACCACCAGCGAUGACUACACUAUUAAGGUAUGGCGUUCCCGUGCCCAGGCAAAAGCGUAUAAUAUAGCCGUCAAUGUCAGUGAAUCUUUCGAGUUAAAGCCCAAGAAUUGAGACACCUUUGUGUACCUGCUGCCAAGUGUUACAUUAAAAUUUUAGAAAUUCAUUAGAAAAACAAAAACCUGCUCAUUUUAAUGUUAGCUUUUAAUAGUGAUGAAGAUUGUUUCGUGUUAAUGUCCGAAUAAAUGUGUAGAAUAUUUUCGUCUAAA